AUGAUAGUACCUUUGUCAGUCAAACUCUUCAAUUACUACAUUCAAACACGAUAUCUUUCUCCUAAAGUUCUCAGGCACUUCAUAGAAACUCCAGUGCGUGACGUAUCGAUUAAAGUCCCGUCGCACUACGAAUGUCCUAACUUUCGAUUCCCUGAUAUUGUCAAAGCGAUAGAAAUUCAGCUUGAAGGACGAUUGAGAACCAAAGAACAAGUUACACUUAGGUUUGGACUGGAGUUUCAGCAGGGUGCACAGGAAGAGUUUGAUGAAGACCUCUACAAUAACAAUUCCCUUUUUGUCAGAAUGCUCUUAAGUGAUCAAGAUGCCAUCUAUGUGGAUGGUGCUCGCAACUAUGCAGAACUUUAUUAUACGCUCCAAUCUGUCGAAUCCAAUGAUUUACCAUUUUUUGCUACUCAAUUGUUAACAGAAUACUGCUUCAGGGAGGAAUUGAUUCAUUACAGUGAGGAUAGUUUUAUCAAGGUACUUUACGAUAACGAUACCAACUUCAGUUUCAUUCAUGCCGACUUUGUCGAGAACGAUCAAAUAAGGCGGCUCAUGAACGAUUUCCCGGUGAAUAUAACCUUGAAGUUCGCUCUACUAGGAUGCGGUUUGUUUGAAUGGGACAUAGAUGAUGCGAUGGUAGAAAUCAUGCCAUAUAUGAACGAGCUUUCGAACCUCUUUCAUUUUGAAGUUCAAACUGAAUGCAUAGAGCUUUCAUCUAAACCGGAUUCAGAAGAGUAUGUUGAUGAAAAGUUCCCAAAGACAUUGACAGAUCUACCUGGGUUGGCAAAAUUUUACAAAGAUUCUCUAAAUGACGAUUCGAAUACUAUACAUUUGGUUCUAUAUCCUUUUGCACUUGCUGGCGAUAGCAUUAUCAACAAGACGGUUGAUUUGAAGGAGAUAUACUCUCCCACUGAAAACACUUUUCUAAAACUUCAAGAUUGGGGAUCAAUCUACUUUUCCCAUUCUCCUAAAAUAGACAGUUCUCAUUUCACUGCUGACAAACUUCACGAUUGCAUGUGGUCCUUUACUGAAGCAACAAUGGACUUUCUCAAUUUCCCAAACGAUAAUAUGGCACCAAUUUUAAGGAUGGAAAUGUUUGAGAGGAUUAUCACUAUAAAUUAUCUUUUCUAUUACUCGGAUUUACUAUUUACGGUUGAGAAAUGGAUCGACGAAAACAGCUCGACUUAUAUCAAUGGCAAGUUGGUUGAUGCUGUCAUUAAGACUUUGGAAUUGAGAGGCUCUGUACUAGAUGAUCUCAGCAAUGGGCGUGCCAAAGAGAGUGUAAAGCACUGCCAGAAAAUGAUUCGUAUUUUGACCUCGGCAUUGUCUGAUCUGGGUAUCUUUGAAAAAUCUAAGGAGGUACUUUCAGAAUACGUCUCACAGGUUUCAGCCCAAAAGAAAGCAUAA